AUGGAUCAACAGCCAAAUGAAACCCCACCAGAACAAAACCAAGAAACACCAGAAGGUCCACCUCCCAGAUUUGAAAAUUUUAAUCCCCAAAUGAUGCAAAUGUUCUUUAACUUUCUACAGCAACAAGCCCGAAACAAUCCCAACAACCCCAACCAAGGAUCAACUAGCCAACCACCUAAACCAACAGUAACUUUCAAAGCUUUUCAAGCAGUACGCCCUCCUGAGUUCAAAGGAACCACUGAUCCUAUUGUAGCAAGAACCUGGUUAAAAGAAAUUGAGAAAGCUUUCGAAAUAGUGGGUAUGGAAGAUGAAAAGAAAACGUUGUUUGCGACUUAUAUGCUCAAAAGGGAAGCUAAUUUUUGGUGGGAAGCAAGAAGGGGGCUAGAGGGUACUGGUAUUGUAACCUGGGAUAGGUUUACUAAACUAUUCCUAGAAAAGUACUACCCUAAAUAUCUCAAAAAUCAAAUGGAGCUACAGUUUCUAGAGCUUAAACAGGGGAAUUUAUCUGUGGCUGAAUACGAGACCAAAUUUUCGGAACUAUCAAGGUUUGUGCCACAUCAUGUUGAUACAGAUGAGAAGAGAGCUCUUCGCUUCCAACAGGGACUGAAGCCUUGGAUUCAGAAUAGGGUAGCUGUCUUUGAACUUACUAAUUAUGCGACUCUGGUACAGAAAGCUGCUAUUGUGGAAAAAGGGAGCGAACUCUAUAACCGGGAAAGAAAUGAUAACAAGCGUAAAAUUCCUCAGUUUGAACGAAGCCAAGGGAAGAAGCUGUGGAAUCAAAAAGUUAAGAAGCCUUUUCUUAAUAAAGAAUUUCGGAAGGAAGGGAAUCUUCGGGCAGGUAACCGAGAUGGCAGCGAAGGGAGUCAGAGGACUAAGCCACCACAGUCUGCACACUUUCUUCAGGAGAAACCGCCACAACCUGAGUGCAAAACCUGUGGGAAGAGACAUCCAGCACCGUGUUAUCAAGAGUCUAUUACUUGCUAUCUUUGUGGACAGAAAGGUCACAUCGCAUCUCGAUGCAAGGAGAAAGUUAUUACUUGCUAUAAGUGUGGAAAGAAGGGUCAUAUGGCUAAAGAUUGUCACUCUGCGCAAAAGGAGAGUAAUGUUCCAAGGCUACCAGCACCACCAGGAGGCAGCAAACCAACUGCGCGUACUUUCAACAUGACCCUGAAGGAUGCUAUAGUUGACAAUGAUGUUAUCUCAGGUACGCUUACAGUAAAUUCUCAAGAUGCGUGUGUAUUGAUUGAUUCGGGUGCUACCAAAUCAUUUAUUUCUGUAAGAUUCAUGCAAAAGUUGGGAAUUGAUUCGAUACCAUUAGCGGAACCUAUGAAUAUAGAGAUAGCGAAUCAAGAUACCAUUCCUGUGGAUCGAGUGUGUCCUAGUUGUGAAGUAAUGAUUCAGAAACAACUCUUUGAUGUAGAUUUAAUUCCUUUUAAGUUAGGAGAGUUUGAUGUGAUUCUGGGGAUGGAUUGGUUAACCCGCUAUGAUGCUCAGAUUAAUUGUAGGCUAAAACGCGUGAGUCUAAAAGGUGAUAGUGGGGAGAGAAUAAUGUUAAGAGGGCAGAAGCAGGCUAGGAAGUUUUUAACGAUGGUUCAGGCCAAGAAAUUGCUUCAUCAAGGAAGUCAGGCCUAUUUGGCUUACGUGAUCGACACAAAAAAACAGACUCCUAAAAUUGAAGAGAUUCCAAUAGUGAACGAGUAUAAGGAUGUUUUCCCUGACGAAUUACCAGGAUUACCACCGGAUAGGGAAAUUGAGUUUACAAUAGAUCUUGUACCUGGUACUGCACCUAUAUCAAAAGCUCCUUAUAGGAUGGCACCUGCCGAGAUGAAAGAAUUGGCAACACAAUUGCAGGAACUGUUAGAGAAGGGAGUUAUUCGACCAAGCGUAUCUCCAUGGGGAGCCCCAGUUUUAUUCGUAAAGAAAAAGGAUGGAAGCAUGAGGUUGUGUAUUGACUAUAGGGAGUUGAACAAGGUGACCACUAAGAAUAAGUACCCACUACCAAGGAUCGAUGAUUUAUUUGACCAAUUAAAGGGAGCAGCUUAUUUUUCUAAGAUUGAUUUAAGGUCAGGAUACCAUCAACUUAAGAUUAAGCCUGAAGAUGUGUCAAAGAGGGCUUUUAGAAGAAGGUAUGGACAUUAUGAGUUUCUGGUAAUGCCUUUUGGACUAACUAAUGCACCUGCAGCUUUUAUGGAUCUUAUGAAUAGAGUGUUCAAGAAGUGUCUGGAUAAGUUUGUGAUAGUUUUUAUUGAUGAUAUUCUGAUUUACUCUAAGACGCGAGAAGAGCAUGCAGAGCAUUUAAGAACAACUCUAGAAGUCUUGAGAAAAGAAAGGUUGUAUGCGAAAUUUUCGAAAUGUUAUUAUCGAAGAUUCGUACAAGAUUUCGCAAAGAUUGCAACUCCCUUAACACGAUUAACCAGGAAGGAGGAAAAUUAUGAAUGGACAUCAAAGUGCGAAGAAAGUUUUCAAGAACUUAAGAAAAGACUUACUACAACUCCUAUUUUGACGUUAUCUGAUGAUAGUUGUAGCUUCGUCAUCUAUAGUGACGCGUCUCACAAAGGCCUAGGGUGUGUACUAAUGCAGCACGGGAAGGUAAUUGCUUACGCCUCUAGACAACUAAAAGAGUAUGAAUUGAGGUAUCCUACCCAUGAUCUGGAGCUAGCAGCAAUUGUGUUCGCGUUGAAGAUUUGGCGACAUUAUUUAUAUGGAGAGAAGUGUGAGAUAUAUACUGAUCACAAGAGCUUGAAAUAUUUAUUUACUCAAAAGAAACUGAAUAUGAGGCAGAGAAGGUGGCUCGAGUUGAUCAAGGAUUAUGACUGUUCCAUCAAUUAUCACCCUGGCAAAGCAAAUGUAGUAGCGGAUGCGCUAAGUCGAAAAGAAAGACUGAAUUUGUUAACCAAACCUGUAGAAUUGAGAAAGGACAUAGAGAAGUUAGAGUUGGAAAUUAAAGAUUUGAGUUUGGAAGGAGAAAGAGUCUAUGUGAUGUUGGUACAACCGGAACUUCUAGAAAAGAUCAAGAGGUGUCAAGAGAAGGUGAUGGAAGAACAAAGGAAUGGGUUGUCAGGAGAAGAGUAUCUCUGCCCGAAAGACGAGAAGGGGAUUAAGAGAUUUGAUAAUCGGAUAUGGAUUCCUAAGGUUGAUGAAUUGAAAGGUGAAAUUUUAAGUGAAGCCCAUGAUUCAAGGUACUCUAUACAUCCAGGAAGUACAAAGAUGUAUCAGGAUCUUAAGAAACACUACUGGUGGCCAAAUAUGAAAUGA